AUGCUCUACCGACUGAGCCACACAGGACCCAGGAGAGAAGUGAGCUGGUGUUAUCUGUGUGCUGGGGAAAGUACUGUAAGUAUACAGCCCAGAGCCCAGAGCCAAGAGCCCAGCCCAGAGCCCAGAGCCCAGAGCCAAGAGCCCAGCCCAGAGCCCAGAGCCAAGAGCCCAGAGCCAAGAGCCCAGAGCCCAGAGCCCAGAUUCAAGCCAGGAGCCCAGAGCCCAGAGCCCAGAAUCAAGCCCACAGCCCAGAGCCCAGAGCCCAGAGCCCAGAGCCCAGAAGCCAAGAGCCCAGCCCAGAGCCCAGAGCCAAGAGCCCAGCCCAGAGCCCAGAGCCCAGAGCCCAGAUUCAAGCCAGGAGCCCAGAGCCCAGAGCCCAGAAUCAAGCCCACAGCCCAGAGCCCAGAGCCCAGAGCCCAGAGCCCAGAGCCCAGAGCCCAGCCCACAGCCCAGAGCCCAGAGCCCAGAGCCCAGAGCCCAGAGCCCAGAGCCCAGAGCCCAGAGCCCAGAAUCAAGCCCGGAGCCCAGAUCCAAGCCCAGAGCCCAGAGCUCAGAGCCCAGAGCCCAGCCCAGAGCCCAGAGCCCAGAGCCCAGAGCCCAGAGCCCAGCCCAGAGCCCAGAAUCAAGCCCGGAGCCCAGAUCCAAGCCCAGAGCCCAGAGCCCAGAGCCCAGCCCAGAGCCCAGAGCCCAGAGUCCAGCCCAGAGUUAAGCCCGGAGCCCAGCCCAGAGCCCAGAGCCCAGAGCCCAGCCCAGAGCCCAGAGCCCAGAGCCCAGAGCCCAGAGCCCAGCCCAGAGCCCAGAGUCCAGAGUCCAGCCUAG